CGAAGUAUCUCGCAGUGCUUAUAUCGCACGUAGGCUGUUCUUGUGCCUGUGGCGCAUGGACGCCUGUUUCAUGAUGGCCUCCAUCGCAAAUGUCCCCGGAAAUAUUCCAACCGAUGCGGACCUACCAAAGCUACCGCAUAAGCGACCUACAGACGAUGACGACAUAUCAAUUGAAGACUUGAAGCAACAGUUCCUUGACUCAUCGGAAACAGUGGGUUACGAGCACAUUCAGGAUGAUUCCACGGAGGCGCACGAUGGGGACGAGACCCCAUUCACCAUGGAGCGGUUCCGAGGCUCAGUACAAGGAAAAAACUGCGUUGCUUCAAGAAGUCUCCGACUUAGAAAUUGAAUGUGGCGGUCCCAGAACCCGUAUAGCUAGCAGCACACGGAAGCCGAUGGUCCAGCCGAAGCCCAAAGAUACUUCUACUCCGAUAAGAGUUGCUGUUGUCGCAGACACGUCGGAGCAGGAUUCCACUUUGCUGUGUCAGGUGUACGAAGAAGGUUUGGAUGCGUCACCGCAGCCGUCUUAUGCCUACUCGGACCACGAGGAGGCGCCUAUCACGGGCGACGUGGAAGUUGUCCUUACACCAGACGCCUCGCAAUGGUCACCGAGACAAGAUAACGGUAAACGGAAGGCCGACAACGCAAAUGCAGACGACAAAGAAGCGGCGAAGAAACGCCCCUCCGAUAACUUCAUUCGUGAGAAGGAACUGGAACUUGAAGAGCGGAGGUUGAGGUUAGAAGAAGAGAGGCUAGCGCUGGAAAAGACAAAGUUCGAAGCAGACCGCGAAUACGAGAUGCGGAAGCUGCAGAUGGAAGAAGAGGACCGGAAAUCGCGACGUGAAUCGGAGCGACUUCAAGCGGAACUCAUGAGGAAGAUGUUCGAUCAGUUGGUGAAGAAGUUGGCGUGAUAUGUCUGCGAAAGUGUGUAUUUGUGGAAUAAAGUGUGAGUGGUGACGAAGGUA